AUGCAAGUUUCUGUUUUGUGGGCUCGAUCACACACACGAAUUUGUAAGAAAACGUUAACAAUGGCUUCAAGGACUCUAGAUCAGAAAAUGGAUUUUGGAUCUCUGGAGUCGAUGAAGAAAGUUUGUAAGGGAUUUGUAGAUGUUGUGACUUACAUUAGCGAUGAGAUAUUUUACUUCCGAGAAAGGAACAUGAUACCCAAGAGCUCAACAGCAAGACAAAUUCAAGAAUGGCAUUGUUCGGUUUCUUUCACUGUAGUCUUCUUGUCAGUGGCAGAUAGCAAGAAAAAUCCACAUCUUAGUUUCUAUUCGAGAAAUAUAAUUUAG